CUCCCCCUUCCUGGACUCGGCGGCUCCGAACAGACACACACACCCGUCACCACCCGCUACCUGCCCUCGCCCCAGCGGCCCCCGCCGAGACUCCGCAGCAUCCCUCCCGGCGCCCGCAAGGAGCCCAGGUUGCUCCUGCUCUGCUCCAGAGGUGGUGGCUUUGAGGUGUGACCCUGCACACAUUUGGGCCCAGCCAGUGCCAGCUCCUCAGUAAGGAGGGCCAGUGUGAUAAGAACAAAAAAACCAGUGUCAACGAGUGAUACCAAGACAAGAAAAAAAAAGAAGUGAAGCACAGACUCAGUUCCUACUCCACGUGGAUGAUAGCUAUAGCAAGGAGAAAUCUCAUAGUGUAUCAGUUGGGGCAGAAAAUGGAGUUCUAUGGCAGAGGCUUCUUAGACGCAUAACCCUUGUCCCAAUGACGUCAAGUUCGCCCAUUGGCUUGGAAGGUUCAGAUUUGUCUUCCAUCAACACCAUGAUGUCAGCGGUAAUGAGUGUAGGGAAGGUUGCUGAGAAUGGCGGGAGCCCCCAGAGCAUCAAGUCCCCCACGAAGCCUCCAGGACCAAAUCGGAUUGGCCGAAGGAACCAGGAAACGAAAGAGGAGAAGUCUUCCUAUAACUGUCCCCUGUGUGAAAAGAUUUGCACUACACAGCAUCAGUUAACUAUGCACAUUCGUCAGCACAACACGGACACUGGAGGGGCAGACCAUUCAUGCAGCAUCUGCGGGAAGUCGCUGAGCUCAGCCAGCUCCCUGGAUCGCCACAUGCUGGUGCACUCUGGCGAGAGGCCUUAUAAGUGCACUGUGUGUGGCCAGUCUUUUACCACCAAUGGGAACAUGCACAGACACAUGAAGAUCCAUGAGAAGGACCCUAACAGUGCCGCAGCUGCCGCUCCUCCAUCCCCGCUGAAGCGCAGGCGGCUGUCCUCCAAAAGGAAAUUCAGUCACGAUGCCGAGUCAGAGAAAGAAGACCCAGCGCCUGCUAAAAAGAUGGUAGAAGGUGGGCAGUCAGGUGACUUGAAGAUGAAGGCUGAUGAAGUAUUCCACUGCCCAGUAUGUUUCAAGGAGUUUGCUUGCAAGUAUGGACUGGAGACCCACAUGGAGACCCACUCAGAUAACCCACUAAGAUGUGACAUCUGCUGCGUCACCUUUCGAACACAUCGAGGAUUACUACGCCACAAUGCACUUGUCCACAAACAGCUUCCCAGAGAUGCUAUGGGAAGGCCUUUCAUCCAGAACAACCCUUCCAUUCCUGCUGGCUUCCACGACUUGGGAUUCACUGACUUCUCCUGUAGGAAAUUUCCUCGGAUUUCUCAGGCCUGGUGUGAGACAAACCUGCGAAGGUGUAUCAGCGAGCAGCACCGCUUCGUCUGUGACAUCUGCGACAAGGCAUUCCCCAUGCUGUCCUCACUCACCCUGCACAAGCAGGCCCACAUCACUGGGGACCAGGGACGGGAAAGGCUGCAAGCCAAGACCCUGUCUGGUGACACCCUGGACCAGAAGGCUUUCCUGGCCUUGCUGGGCCUGCAGCACACCAAAGAUGUCAGGCCUGUCCCGGCCGAGGAGCCCCUUCCAGAUGACAACCAAGCAAUACAGCUUCAGACACUCAAGUGUCAGCUACCUCAGGACCCUGGCUGCACCAACCUGCUGAGGCUGUCUCCUUUUGAAGCCUCUUCCCUGGGCGGUUCUCUCACAGUCCUCCCAGCUACCAAGGAGAACAUGAAGCACCUAUCCCUGCAGCCCUUCCAAAAAGGCUUCAUCAUCCAGCCUGACAGUAGUAUUGUGGUCAAGCCCAUCUCCGGGGAGUCGGCCAUUGAGCUGGCUGACAUCCAGCAGAUCCUGAAGAUGGCAGCCUCAGCACCCCCUCAAAUCAGUCUUCCACCUCUCUCCAAGGCCCCUGUCACCCCUUUGCAGGCGAUUUUCAAACACAUGCCCCCUCUGAAGCCAAAGCCCUUGGUCACACCGAGGACAGUGGUGGCCACCUCAACACCACCCCCUCUCAUCAAUGCCCAGCAGGCUUCCCCCGGCUGCAUCAGCCCCAGCCUGCCCCCGCCACCCCUGAAGCUCCUCAAGAGCUCAGUGGAGGUGGCCUCCAAUGCCCACCUGCUGCAGGCCAAGCCUGGGGCCCAGCCCCACACAGCCAUGCAGCUAUUCCUGCAGCAGCCAGGCAUGGAGCUGCCUGGCCAGGCGGAGAUGAAGACGCAGUUGGAGCAGGACAGCAUCAUCGAGGCCCUGCUGCCGCUGAGCAUGGAUGCCAAGAUCAAGCAGGAGAUUACGGAGGGAGACCUCAAGGCCAUCAUGACGGGUCCCAGCAGCAAGAAAUCUCCAGCCAUGCGUAAGGUGCUCUACCCCUGCCGUUUCUGCAACCAGGUGUUCGCCUUCUCAGGGGUGUUGCGUGCACACGUGCGCUCCCACCUGGGCAUCUCUCCCUACCAGUGCAACAUCUGUGACUACAUUGCAGCUGACAAGGCUGCGCUUAUCCGACACCUGCGCACACACAGCGGUGAGCGGCCCUAUAUCUGUAAGAUCUGCCACUACCCCUUCACUGUCAAGGCCAACUGUGAGCGGCACCUGCGCAAAAAGCACCUCAAGGCCACCCGCAAGGAUAUUGAGAAGAACAUUGAGUACGUGACCAGCAGCGCGGCUGAGAUGGUGGAUGCCUUCUGUUCCCCAGACACGGUGUGCCGGCUGUGCGGAGAGGACCUGAAGCACUACCGCGCCCUGCGCAUCCACAUGCGCUCGCACUGUGGCCCUGGCCUGGGCAGCUGCCCCAAAAGUCACAAGCCUUUCGAAUGCAAGGAGUGCAGUGCCGCCUUCUCGGCCAAGCGCAACUGCAUCCACCACAUCCUUAAGCAACACCUGCACGUGCCAGAGCACGACAUCGAGAGCUACGUCCUGGCAGCGGAUGGCCUGAGCCCCAAGGAGGCCCCCUGUGCCGAAGCCCCGGAGAGGAUGGAGGAGGGCAACGGGGCCUUUGGCGAGCACAAAUCCCUUGCCACCUUCCUGGAGUCCCAGAACGGCUAUCUUCACGGGAACCCCACCCAGCCUCCGCCUCCCCACGUCACCAUCAAGUUGGAGCCCACGAGCAACUUCUCAGUAGACUUCAAUGAGCCCCUGGACUUCUCCCAGAAGGGCCUGGCCCUGGUCCAAGUGAAGCAGGAAAACACAGCCUUGUUCCUGAGCCCUUCUUCCUCGGUCCCGUAUGACUGCUCCAUGGAGCCCAUUGACCUGUCCAUCCCCAAGAACUUCAGAAGAGGAGACAAGGAUUCUGCUGCUCCCGGUGAGGCCAAGAAGCUUGAGCAAGAACCAGGGAGCAGGGAGCAAUCUUCUCCCUGUCCACCCCCAUGCCCUACUCUGCCAGUGACCUUGGGGCCCAGCGGGAUUUUGGAAAAACCCUCGGCCCUUUCAGCAGCAGCCUCAGCAGCAACUGCUCCGGAAGCCCAUGCUCAACCACUACAGGGCUCCGUUCAGGUCGCUGUCCCCAUUUACUCAUCAACCCUCAUCAACAGCUCCCCUCUCUUGGGCAACUCCACCCUCAUAAGCAGCUCGGCCUUGUUGCGGCCCCUACGUCCCAAGCCCCCCUUGCUCUUGCCAAAGCCCCCAGUGACAGAAGAGCUGCCCCCACUGGCCUCCAUCGCCCAGAUCAUCUCAUCUGUGUCCUCAGCCCCCACCUUGCUGAAAACCAAGGUGGCUGACCCAGGGCCCACAAGCACUGGCAGUAACACCACAGCUUCGGACAGCUUAGGAGGCACCAUCGCCAAAGCAGCCAGUGCACCCACCGACACCACCAGCCCAAAAGAAUCCAGCGACCCACCCCCUGCUGCCAACAGUCCAGAGGCAGCUUCACCCACCGAGCAGGGGCCAGUUGGCUUGUCAAAGAAGAGGGGCCGGAAAAGGGGGCUGAGGAGCCGACCCCGCACCAGCAGUGGUGGGGUGGACCUGGACUCCAGCGGGGAAUUUGCCAGCAUCGAGAAGAUGCUGGCCACCACAGACACCAACAAGUUCAGUCCAUUUCUGCAGACAGCGGAGGAUGAUGCUCAGGACGAGGUGGCCGGCACCCCUACUGACCACAACGGGCCUAGUGAUGAAGAGCAGGGCAGUCCCCCGGAAGACAAGCUGCUGAGGGCAAAGCGGAACUCGUACGCCAACUGCCUGCAGAAGAUCAACUGUCCCCACUGCCCCCGUGUCUUCCCUUGGGCCAGCUCCCUCCAGAGGCACAUGCUCACGCACACUGGUCAGAAACCCUUCCCUUGUCAAAAAUGCGAUGCCUUCUUUUCUACCAAAUCUAACUGUGAACGCCACCAGUUGCGCAAACACGGAGUUACCAACUGUUCCCUGAGAAGAAACGGGCUUAUUCCCCAGUCAAAAGAGAGUGAUGUUGGACCCCAUGAUAGCACAGACAGCCAAUCAGACGUGGAGGCAUCAUCCACAGGAGGCGAAGUGCUGGACCUCACCUCUCGGGAGAAGGACCAGCCGUGGUCAGAGGGGGCCCCUGAGCCCAGCCAGGUCAAAGAAGAGCUCCCUGUGGAGGAGCUGACUCAGGGAGCGGCUGAGCCUGUGGAUGGGGAGGAGCGGGGAGCCGAGGAGAGCCCAGAGCCUGAGGGGAAGCACAGUGCAGAGGACAGGGAUGAGGAUGCAGAUGGCCCGGAGGAAGACACAGUUAGCAACAAGAGCCUGGACCUCAAUCUUGCCAGCAAACUGAUGGGCUUCAAGCUGGCCGAGGGCGGCUCUGGUGCUGUGGGCAGCGGAGGCCCGGCCCCACAGGACCAGAAGCACACCUGCAGCACCUGUGGCAAGAGCUUCAAGUUCCUCGGGACCCUGAGCCGCCACAGGAAGGCCCAUGGCCGUGAGGUGCCCAGGGAGGAGAGUGUGCUCCUGCGGGAGGGCCAGGGAGAGAGUGAGGGGGCUGAGGGGUCGAUGCCUGUCCCCGCUGCUAUUGCCCCUGUCCCAGAGCCGGAGGAGAAGCCUGAGCCCCCGGCCGAGGGGGAGGCCAUGUCGGAAGGCACAUCAGAGAAGCGGAGUGAGGAGGCCGAGGGCACCUCUGAUGGGGAGGGCACAGCUGAGAAGAAGUCCUCAGAGAAGAGUGACGACGACAAGAAGCCAAAGACAGACACCUCCAGAAGUGUGUCCAGCAAGGCAGACAAGAGAAAGAAGGUCUGCACCGUGUGCAACAAGAGGUUCUGGUCUCUACAGGACCUGACCCGGCACAUGCGGUCCCACACGGGAGAAAGGCCAUACAAAUGUCAGACAUGCGAGCGAACCUUCACCUUGAAGCACAGCCUGGUUCGCCAUCAGCGGGUCCACCAGAAAGCCAGGCACGCCAAACAUCACGGGAAGGACAGUGACAAGGACGAGCGGGGGGAGGAGGACAGUGAGAGCGAGUCCACCCACAGCGGCAACAACCCCGUCUCGGAGAACGAGGCCGACUCAGCUCUGCCGGCCAGCAACCACGUGGCUGUCACCCGGAGCCGCAAGGACAGCCUGGCCAAGGACACCAGCCGCAGGGAGGACCGGGCUGUGGGUCGGACGGCUGGUACCCUGCAGGCUGAAGCUGGCAGGGGUGCGCCCAAGGCCUCUCCCCCAAGCAGCCCCAAGGAGCAGGUGCCUCAGGGUGACCCUGACCCAGAGAGCCCGGUGGCCCUCGUGCAAGACCUGCUGGAGCUGAACGGCAAGAGGCCUUCCCACCCUGGCCUGGCCACCGAUGGCACCUCGCCACUGCUGGGAAUGGAGUGACGGCUCCUGCUGCCCCCGGCACACAGACAGGCAGCAGGGCACAGUGCCCUGAAUGGACGUUUCAUGAGGUCCCCAGAGCCCUUCAGCUGUUGGAGAGAGGUGAGCCGGAGAGGGCCAGCCCCCUCGGUGCGUGGCUGCACCGUGUGCCUGCUCGGGAGACCAGCACAGACAAUUCGAGUGCCUUAACUACUUACUGGCCCUUCACUGUCGUCCUGGGUGUUGUGUUGUUCCAAAUGACUUUAAAACACAAAGAAGAUAUUGUAAUGAAUUAUUUGGAGAGAACCUUUCAUUUAAGCAUUAACGUGACCUUCUGUGUUGCUGUGUGAGAGCUUGUUUCAGCGAGUCUGUGAUAGUAAUGUUUGUUCUGUGAGCUGGAAACAGAAAAAAAAACAUGUCCUUGGACACCCACAGCCAAUAACUGGAAGAAAAUGAUGUGAAUUUCACAUAAAUUACCAGGGGUAAUAUGGAUGAAACGCUCAUUUCUCAAGUAGACUUUUUUUUUUUUUUUUUGUCUGCUAUAUGGUGGUGGAGCAGUAACUUCAUCCUUGGUAUUGCAGGGUGUAGUUGAUGGAGGUUUCCAGUUUGGUUCAGGUCCAAACCAGGACAGAUUCUAGCUUCCACCUCAUACCUGUUCCCACUCUUUCAGCAUUAGACAAGCCAUUUCCUGUUCAAGACACUCAAGAUAUUCUUAACUUACAGAGAAGAGUUACCCCGGCAACUUAAUGUAUGGAGAACACACACAGAUGUCAUGUAUCUGGUUCCCCCCUUUUGAUAUAUAUAUAAUUAAUAUUAUUAUUAUUAUUAUUUUUAGUUCAUCAGUUUGCUGGUCUCUGUAGUCAGCAGAAACAAAUGGGCAAUAUUUGUCCUGGAGACCUGGGUGCCCGGGUCACUCAUAAGCAUCUGCCCGUAGCUUUCCUUGCCACCCUAGGGUGGGAGCUCUUCUACUGUACUUACACAAGCCUUUCUUCUGUGACUGCAGACUCCAGCAGGUUCUCCACAUGUGGCUGAGGAGCAGCUCAGAGGGGAGAGUGAGGGUGCAUGCACCCGGGGCUUCUGAGGAAGCCAGGCAGUGAGGAGACCUGCCACUCACUGGUCUUCUGCCAAACCCAGCCCAGCCUUACCCGCGUGUGCUACUGUCAUUUGCAAAGCGAGAAAAUACUACUACUGGUAAUAAAACUGCACAUGCAAGAUUGAAGAUGAGACAGAUUUAUAUUUACCUUCCUGCGAUUUGGGAUUGGUGCUUGAAGAUAAACAUGUUUCUAGUGUCUGAAAUAACGAACCCCUGGGUGCAAAAUGAUAGGAUUUUUUUUUUUUUUAAGCAUCCUAUGCAGGCAAUAGACUUCCCUCGCUGCAGGUGCCAGCAGUGAAAAGAAAUAAUCCUACUGUAGCUGAGCUUCUUCAGCAUCCUGUCCUGCAGCUGGGACCUCCAGGACGCCCGAGGCUUAGUGUGGCCGGGCCUUCUGUGCUGCUCCACCCUCAGACCCUCUUGCCUUGCCCUGGGGGGGCCCCCGAGUGCACCUCCUUCACACUCAGUGUAAGUGUGCAGCAGAGGCACGUGGACCCUGUUCUCCCACUUCCUCACCAGUUGCUGGUGGCCAAAAUCCAACCACCCAGACUUCAAAGGAAGAUACAUAGUCUUGAAUUAAUGAAAAGUGACAUCUUUGCAUGUGAAGGGAAAGACGUUGAGGUAUAUAUGUAUAACUUUUAACUGUAAUAGGGAUGUAUGAACCAGUCUCAGAACGAGGUUGUUACUUGCUCUAGAUGAAUGCACAUCAGAACCAAGGAUCCCUGUAUCACUUCAUACCCAGUGUGGUCUGCUUAGUUAAAACCAGUCCAUGCAUCCCUUAAUUUUUUUUAUGAUGAUUGUUGGUAUUUUUGUUAUUAUUUGGGGUUUCUAGUUUUGUUUUUUCUUUGCAACUCUCCACACUAAAACUCGCAACAUUGUGGAGAGAGGCCGUGACUUAACUCUACGCUGCAGUGAGAUGUAGCAGGAACCGCCCCAGCAGUGCUGCUGGGGCUGCCGCUCGCAAUAAUCACUAUUGAUUUAAAGCUUUAUUUAGCCUUCCUCUGUGCCCUCUUAGUCAAUAAGGUCUUGCCACAUUUUAUUAGUGAGGUUGAGAAAUGUAUUGUUUGUUGUUCUGCCCCUUCCCCUGUAUUAAACUGUGAAAUUUGUGAUUUGUUUAAACUCUGGGUGAAUCAUAGCUUAGUUGCAUGUCCAGCUAAUUUGUUUCUAUACAUUUUGUUUGAUUCUCUUUCUCCUCUCAGGGCUUUUACAAAAAAUAUAUAUAUAUGGAUCUUCUGAAAAGUUUUUUGAGGUGCAAGUUUCUCUCUCGUUUUUCUCUUUGAUUUGUGGACACAAUGCUGAGAUUCAAUCACUACAUGAAACUUCUGGCUGUGAAAACAAAACAAAACCCCAAAGGGCUGUUUCUUCACGCAGCCCGGGGGAGCUCUGUGACAGUCGGAUGCCGGUUUCAGAAAGAUUCGUCGUACCCUCACCCUCUGUUCGUCUUUUCUCCCCUCUCUUUUCUUCAAGAAGGAAGUUGAUCCUAGUGAUUUCAGCCCAUGCAUUAAACAGGAAACGAUAAUAAAUAUGUAGAAUUCAUAUUUUUCUAAAGGGAACUUAAAAACUGCUGCUACAUAUUAUGUACAAAACUGGUUUAUGCCACAUGAACAGAAUCACAAGUUUAGUUUUGGUACUCUUGUUCCUCUUUGUAUUCAGUUGUAUAGUACUUUCAAAUUCAAAAUGAAAAGAAAAGCUGUUCUGUAUCAAACCAUCUAAGCAAUAAAUGUUAUAUUUUUAAAACGGCA